UGCACAUGACUCAUCAUCUCAUGUCACUAUUUCCUCUUGAUAUGAUACUUUCUUCCUUAACCAAAUCUCUACCUACAAAUGAAGUGUGGAUUAAUAAGCAAAAUAUAUUAAACAUACAUAUAUCCACAUCAUACUUUUCCACACAUACCUCCCCACUAAACUUUUGCAUUGAAUGCUGUGUGACACACUCUGAUCAUAAAUCAAAUACUAUCAUUUGUAAUUUUCUAUUAUCAGCGAAUAAAGUCUCAAGUGCCCUUCGCUUCAACAAUAUUGAAUGGCGGAAGACAACCGAGAGCUCCGGCGCCGGAGACGAAAGAGAUGCUUAAUCUGCCUCCUCCUCCUCGCCGUCUUCAAAAUCGCAAUCAUCCUCCCCCUAACCCUCAUCCUCAUGCAAACCCGUACCCCCAAGUUCCGCGUGACCUCCGCCGCAUUCGGCGCCUUCGCCUACUCCGCCGCCGACCCCUCCUUCGACAUCACGCUCUACGCCGAGCUCGCCCUCAAGAACACCAACUUCGGCCGCUUCAAUUUCGACUCCACCACCGUUUACUUUUCCUACAACGGCGCCGUGGUGGGGUCCGCGCUGGUCCCCGGGUGGACCGCCAGAGCGCGCUCUACCCGGAAGAUCAGGGUUCAGGUGGAGCUGUCGUCGGCCGGGUUGGUGGACCGGGUUCAGGUGAAGAGCGAUUUGGAGGGUGGGGUGCUGCCGCUGAAUAGCCGGGCGGCGCUGACGGGGGAGGUGGAGGUGUUGCGGGUGUUUGAGAGGGAGAAGACGGCGGAGAUGGAUUGUUUUAUUGCCAUUAAUUUGAUGCAGACAAGUGUUGGAUAUUUGAGCUGCCAGUAGCUAUACAGUAUUGAGUAUUACUAUACAUUAAUUAUUAUAGAAUUAUAAUGCGACAUUAAAGUUUCAAGUGCUUUCUUAAUGGAACAUACUAAUGUUUGUGUCUAGCCAAUCGUGAUUGCCGAAUUUGUUGUGGCAUUUUAUUAUUCAAAAUAAAAUAUUGAUUAAAAUUGUGGAUUGUGUAAUUAUUGUUUUUUGGGAAUAUUUGCAUUGAAAUCAA